AUGGCAUUUCUGCGAGUUGAUGCGUAUCUUCCGCGCCGUAAUUGAUGAGAUUGGACUGUUCUAACAAUGCUGUAGCGUCCGCGAGACCACCGAAGCCGGUGCCCAGGUUGUCAUCAUCGAUCUCCACAAUGGCAACAGCAUCGUGCGACGCAACAUCUCCGCCGACUCGGCAAUCAUGAAUCCGUCGCAGAACGUACUUGCGCUGCGCGCCCAGGGCCGCACGCUGCAGAUCUUCAACUUGGAUCUCAAGCAGAAACUCAAGUCGCACGUCAUGGACGAGGACGUCGUGUACUGGAAGUGGUUCAAUGAUAAGUCGAUCGUCUUGGUCACUGAUACCAGCAUCUACCACUGGGAUAUCAUUGAUUCCACCCAGGCUGCGCCCGUCAAGAUUACUGAGCGCCACGUUUCGCUUGCUGCCUGCCAAUUGAUCAACUACCAUGUCGACCAUGACGGAAAAUGGAGUGUCUUGGUCGGAAUCGCCUCCGAGCAAGGACGCGUAGUCGGACACAUGCAGCUUUACUCGAUGGAUCGCAAGCAGUCGCAACCCAUCGAGGGCCACGCCGCUACCUUUGCCCGUCUCCGCCUUGACGGCGCGACCUCGGACUCGAAGCUGUUUUCGUUCGCCACCCGGUCCGCCACGGGCGCGAAGCUGCACAUCAUCGAGAUCGAUCCGCAGGCCGCCGGUCCCAAAUACGCAAAGAAGGCCGUCGAUAUCUACAUACCCGCCGACGCUGCGUCGGAUUUCCCUGUUGCCUUGCAGGCGUCGGAGAAGUACGGUAUCCUGUACAUGCUGACCAAGCACGGCUUCAUCCACCUCUACGACCUCGACAGCGGAACUUGCAUCUUCAUGAACAGAAUAUGCAACGCGAUGGUGUUCACCUCGACCAUCCAUACCUCGUCCUCGGGAAUUAUGGCGAUCAACAGAAAGGGACAGGUUCUGUCGGUUGCUGUUGAUGAGAAUACCGUCAUCCCAUACAUCCUCAAGACCCUCCAGAACCCUGGCAUCGCCAUCGCUCUCGCUUCGCGCGCGGGUCUCUCGGGCGCCGACGAUCUCUACGUCCAGCAGUUCUCGCAGCUUAUUGCCGCCGGCCAGUACGCGGAUGCCGCCCGCGUUGCUGCCACUUCUCCCCGCGGAAUCCUGCGCACUCCGCAGACGAUCGAGCAGUUCAAGCACCUGCCGUCUGUUCCCGGCCAGCCCUCGCCUAUUCUGCAGUACUUUGGCACGUUGCUCGACAAGGGUACUCUCAACCGCCACGAGUCUAUUGAGCUUGCGCGCCCGGUCUUGUCGUCCAACAAGAAGGCAUUGCUCGAGAAAUGGCUGAAGGAGAACAAGCUCGAGUGCUCUGAGGAGCUUGGAGAUGUUGUGCACGGCUACGAUCCUAUGCUCGCGCUCAGUGUCUACCUUCGCGGCAAUGCGCCCGCCAAGGUCGUGGCUUGCUUUGCCGAGACCGGUCAGUUUGAGAAGAUUCUACCGUACUGCUCCAAGGUCGGCUACACGCCUGACUUUUCGGUCUUGCUGCAGAACCUCGUGCGCAUCAAUCCCGAGAAGGGAGCCGAGUUUGCGACCCAGCUUGCCAACCACGAAGGUGGCGCGCUGGUCGAUCUCAGCAAGGUCGUCGACAUUUUCAUGUCGCAGAACAUGAUCCAGCAGGCGACAGCGUUCCUGCUUGAUGCGCUCAAGGAUAACCUUCCCGAGCAAGGUGCGCUGCAGACUCGUCUGUUGGAGAUGAACCUCAUGAGCGCGCCGCAGGUUGCCGACGCCAUUCUUGGCAACGAUAUGUUUAGCUACUACGACAAGAGCCGUAUCGCGAUGCUUUGCGAGAAGGCCGGUCUGUUCCAGCGUGCGCUCGAGCACUACGAAGACAUUGGCGACAUCAAGCGCGUGAUUGUGCACACCAACGUGCUCAACCCGGACUGGCUCGUGCAGUUCUUUGGCAACAAGCUCAGUGUCGAGCAGUCGCUCGAGUGCCUGCACGAGAUGCUGCGGGUGAACAUCCGACAGAAUCUGCAGGUUGUGAUUCAGAUUGCCAUCAAGUACUCUGACCUGCUCGGACCCCAGCGCAUCAUCUCGCUGUUUGAGGAGUUCAAGUCGUUCGAGGGUCUGUACUACUACCUGCAGAGCACUGUCAAUCUCACGCAGGAUCCCGACGUUGUGCUCAAGUACAUUCGAUCGGCGUGCCAGAUUGGCCAGUUCACGGAAGUCGAGCGCAUCUGCCGCGACAACAACGUGUACAACCCGGAGAAGGUCAAGAACUUUCUCAAGGAGGCCAAGCUUGCCGACCAGCUCCCGCUCAUCAUUGUUUGCGACCGGUUCAACUACAUCCACGAUCUUGUCUUGUACUUGUACCAGAACCAGCAGUUCCAGUUCAUUGAGACCUAUGUGCAGAAGGUUAACCCCACGCGCACUCCCGCGGUCAUUGGUGGAUUGCUUGACGUCGACUGCGAGGAGUCGAUCAUCAAGACUCUCUUGCAAUCGGUCAUGGGCUUGGUGCCUCUUGACGAGCUCGUCGACGAGGUCGAGAAGCGCAACCGACUGAAGCUCAUCUUGCCGUUCUUGGAGGCUACCAUGGCCAGCGGCUCGCAGGAUCCGGCGCUCUACAAUGCUCUGGCCAAGAUCUACAUCGACAGCAACAACAACCCCGAGAAGUUCUUGCGCGAGAACAGCUUGUACAACUCGCUGAUUGUCGGAAAGUACUGCGAGAAGCGCGACCCGUACCUUGCCUUUAUCGCCUACGAGAAGGGACAGAACGACGUCGAGCUGAUCCAGAUCACGAACGAGAACUCGAUGUUCAAGCACCAGGCGCGAUACCUUGUCGCGCGCGCGGACGCCGAGCUGUGGGCGCUUGUGUUGAACGAGAACAACAUCCACCGUCGUCAGCUGGUUGACCAGGUUGUGGCGACUGCGGUUCCCGAGUCGAGCUCGCCGGAUGACGUGUCUGUUGCUGUGCAGGCGUUUAUGUCUGCGGAUCUGCCGAUUGAGUUGAUUGAGUUGUUGGAGAAGAUUGUUUUAGAGCCUUCGCCGUUCAACGACAACACGAACUUGCAGAACUUGCUUAUUUUGACUGCGAUCAAGGCUGACAAGGCCAAGGUCAUGGAUUACAUUCAUAGACUGGACAGCUACGACGCCGAUGAUAUUGCUCAGAUUGCGAUCGACAGCGGUCUGCACGAGGAAGGAUUCGAGAUCUACAAGAAGCAGAAGAACCACCAGGCGGCUAUUGGAGUGCUGGUCGACCACAUCAUGUCGCUUGACCGUGCCGAGACAUAUGCCGAGAAAGUCGACACGCCCGAGGUUUGGAGUUUGCUCGGACGCGCGCAGCUCAACGGCUUACGCAUCAACGACUCGAUCGAGUCCUACAUCCGCGCGAACGACCCGAGCAAUUACCUGGAGGUGAUUGAGAUUGCGUCGCGCGCGGGCAAGGACGAUGAGCUGAUCAAGUUUUUGAACCUUGCGCGGAAAACGAUUCGCGAGCCGGCUGUCGACAGCCAGCUUUUGCUUUCGUACGCGCGGGUCGGCAAGCUUCCUGAGUUUGAGGAGCUUUUGUCGGGCGCGAAUGUUGCGAAUGUGGAGGAGGUCGGAGACUCGUUGUUUGAGGAGAAGAACUACGACGCCGCGCGGAUCUUGUACCGAUCGAUUUCAAACUGGGCCAAGUUGGCGUCGACGCUUGUGUACAUUGGCGACUACCAGGCCGCGGUCGACUCUGCGCGCAAGGCGGGCAGUAUCAAGGUGUGGAAGCAGGUUAACGAGGCGUGUAUUGACAAGAAGGAGUUUAGACUUGCGCAGAUUUGCGGUCUUAACCUUAUUGUUCAUGCCGAGGAGUUGCUUGAUCUUGUAAACACGUACGAGAAGAACGGAUACUUUGACGAGCUGAUUGCUUUGCUCGAGCAGGGUCUUGGACUUGAGCGCGCGCAUAUGGGCAUGUUUACGGAGCUCGCGAUUUUGUACUCAAAGUAUCACCCGGAGAAGAUGAUGGAGCACCUGAAGCUGUUUUGGUCGCGGAUCAACAUUCCGAAGGCGAUCCGGGCGUGCGAGGAUGCGCACCUGUGGCCGGAGCUUGUGUUUUUGUACUGCCACUACGACGAGUGGGACAAUGCAGCGUUGGCGAUCAUGGAGCAUGCGGCGGACGCGUUCGAGCACUCUGCGUUCAAGGAGAUCAUUGUCAAGGUCGCCAACUUGGAGAUUUACUACCGCGCGCUGAACUUUUACCUUGCGGAGCAGCCGCAGCUGUUGACUGAUUUGCUGACUGCGCUGACGCCGCGGAUUGAUGUGACGCGAGUUGUGCGGAUGUUUGAAAAGUCGGACAAUAUCCCGCUGAUCAAGCCGUUUUUGGUCGCAGUCCAGAACCAGAACAACGCGGCGGUGAACAAGGCGUACCACGAGCUUUUGAUCGAGGAAGAGGACUACAAGUCUCUGCGUGACUCUGUCGACAACUUUGACAACUUUGACCCGCUCGAUCUCGCGAAGCGGCUCGAGUCCGACGGGCUGAUUUUCUUCCGCCAGAUCGCGGCGCGGAUCUACCGCAACAACAAGCGGUGGGCGCAGUCGAUCGAGCUGUCAAAGUCGGAUAAGCUGUUCAAGGACGCGAUCGAGACCGCGGCGGUGAGCGGGAAGAUCGAGGUUGUGGAGGAGCUGUUGCAGUACUUUGUUGAUGUGGGUAAUAAGGAGUGCUAUGCGGCGAUGCUGUAUACCUGCUACGAUCUCAUCCGCGAGGAUAUUGUUGCCGAGUUGUCGUGGAGACAUAGUCUCAGUGAUUUCACUACUCCCUACCUGAUCAACAAGAGAAGAGAGCAAGAGACAAAGAUCAAAUCUCUGGAGGCCUUUGUCGAAGAGCAGAAGGCGAAGGAGAAGGAGAACCAGGCCGCCGCGGAGAUGGCGCCGAUGGGACCGAUCCUCGGCGGCGGACGGCUGAUGCUUACGCAGGGAAUGACUGGCAUGUAAGAGAGAAAAGCGUCUUUUUGAUGUGCGCAGUUGCAGGCGAGAGAAGAGUUGUUUUUAUAAAUGCGUUUUUGCUGUUUUUAUUAUCUUAUAUUAUCUUAUUGUGAAAAAAGAGAAAGAAGAUGAGUAUGUGCUUUCUAUAUUAUUUUUGUGGUUUGAUGUUACGUUGUUGUAUCUAUAUUUUCUUGAUAUUGAAAAAUACGCUCCUGUUUGACUUAACACAUAAGCUGUAGUAGUAGAGA